AUGUUUGUAUGUUAUGGUGUAAUGAAUUUGAUAACCACGAUAAUUUUUUUAAUUCAUGAAAUUAAUAAAAGCAUUGAUGUUAAACUUGAAACAAAAGCAGACAGUGCAGAAAUGCGGGCUUUGAAGGAAAUUAGAGAAUACGAGGAGGAAAUUGGAAUUAAUCAUGAAAAAUAUUUAAAAGAAAAUAAAGAAAUUGAAGCUAUUGGCUUUGAAAGAAAGCUAAAGGAAGAAGAUGAUGAUGAUUGUAAAAAUAAACAGACAAAUUUUACAGAGGACAUAUUAGCUCCCGUGUAUACACUCUUCUCCACAUGCAUGGUUUUAGCUUUUCUGUGCACAAAUUAUGACAAGGUCACAACUGAGAUGUUAUCAUGGAUCAUUAUUAUUUCAAUAGUAUCGUUGAUCGGUUCAUUAGGUUUCGUUAAGUAUGGCCUUGAAAUGAAAGGAAAAAACAAUAUGAAAAGAUUUUUGCGAAAAUUUAAACGUAAGGAUGAUCAAGAUGGACGGAACAGAUGGAACGAUUACGUUUGGAUUCCGAUCGGUAUUUUUACUGCUAUAAUGAUUUUUUCACAUAUUUUACUUUAUUUAGAAAUCGCCUUCUGGUUUGAUUUGAAUAGCUAUUUAAAUAAAUUGUUGUGGAAUGCAAUAGCAUUAGAAACUACUGUAGUAAUUUUGGACCUUUUACAAGAUACCAGAGAAUGA